AUGGCGCUAAGUUGUAACAACAGCGGCGGCUGGGAAGCUUCACAUGUCAAUGUAGACAUCAGUGAAACAAAGGCAAACGGUGCAUACAGUGACUCUUGUGGUCACUCAAUAAGGAUUACCAUGGAGGAAGAUAAUCCUUCAAAGGGUUACAAGGUAUACACUCACUCCUUUUACGGGCAUACUGGAGCAUUCUAUGGCAUAAAGUAUACCGCAAAUGCCCAGAAACUACCCGGCAUCCAAACGUAUUACGGUAAGGGAGUUUAUGUAUACUACUUGUCCUAUGAUUGCGGAAAUAAGAUACCAUUAAUGCUUGGGCUAAGAUCACUUGUUUCUACCACCGAGUAUUAUAAAAGAAGCGACUAUUUUUCCACUCCAAAAAACUGGACAAGGGAGACUUCCAUAAAGAAUAACGGAGAUGGACUGGUAGCAGCGCUUGAAAUCAUCAGUAAGACUCUAAAAGAAGUCAUUAUUCUGAAUCUUGACGAGACUGAAGAUCAAUCCACCUACUACGUCGAUGGAAGUAAUUCACCCCCAGGGGUCAAUGAUGAUGUGAUUAUUUGCGUAUCAUCACUUAUCUACCAAAAUUCCUACCAACAGUACAAACAUUCCCUCCAAAAUAAUUCUACAUUUAGGCCUUUAUCAACCAUAUACAAGGGAGAAAGUGUCCAAUUCGAUGAUCCAAAUAUAUACACCUUCCAGUGUUCCAGUGCCUCUCUCUACUACUGGGUCAGUAACCACCCAAAUUCAAGACCUCUGCUUCUCGAACUUGUUCCAAAGAGUGGAACAUGCAAAUACUAUAGACUUGGUACCACUUUAGACGGCAAAAUAUGGAAACUUGACAAGCGGAUAGCGACUCAGAAUCUCAAGGAGGAACUUGAUACUCUAAACUAUGCGGAUACCAUGACCCAUCAAAUUGACAUUACAAAGAAUACCACAUGCAGUUACAAAUGUUUUACGACAGGGUGUAAUGUCAGCAUCAAUGCAACGCAUAGUUCCCGUGAACACUAUUCUCAAACCAUACAGUCCGUAGAGACCGGAUACAUUUACCAAUUCAGCGCAGGAGCCAUAAAUCAGGGUGGAAUUCGCUCUCAAUACGGUGUGGCUCUGGUAUAUAUUUUUCACUAUCCCAAGGGAGAUGAUGGAGUACCGCUAUUGAUACACCUUCCCGAUACAUCCGCCUGGUAUGCACGAGUAAAGACCAAAUCGAGUUCAUGGACAUCAGUGUCUCAAAAUAUACCAAAGGACCCCUCUGACGAACCUAGAAUCCUGGAUAUCCUCAAGGAAGUUUACUCUCCAAAAGUUACCAUAAAAGCAGACUUUUCUGGGAUGACUAAAAGUACCUACAAAACAGAUGGCCAGAUCAUCUGCGUUACUAGUGAAAAAGUUUUGGUGGAAGGCAUGGAAACUGGAUUCUACAGCUUUUCUCACAAAAGAUAUGGCGGUCUAUUUAUAGUCAAGGAUGUUAUACAUGGAGUAAAACCGUUGGAAGGGAUAGAAUCUGAAGAUGUCCUGAGAAAAGUCACCAUGUUUUAUCUUGGACAAGAUACUUUAGACUUUGAAAAGCUUCUCCUUGUUGAACUGAGAUUAAGUGGCGGUACCACAUUCAAGUACUUUUGCAGAGAUGAGAAGGGUGCAGAUAGAUGGACAGAUUGUUCUAUGGAAGACGAUAAACAACUCGAUGGAAAACCCCUUCAGGAGAAACUUGAAGAACUCAGGGAUCUACACUUUUCACCUUCACCAAAAGAACAACCAGCUCCACCAAGAGAACUUCCACUCGAACCUGCGGAAGAAGAGCCAUCGAAACAAGAGCCUCCGCAGCAUAUACCCGAACCAGAUCCAAAAGAGGAGGAGCUGCCAAAAGAAGAACAUCGUAACGAGACUACACUUGUCAAGAAUGGACCCACUACAGUCCCACCAACUUCCAAAACCCCUAAGCAUUCUUCGGGUCACAACGCGGGAUCCAUAUUUGCGGGAGUCUUUUUUGGACUUUUGUUUGCGUGCAUUAUAACUCACGAGAGCAUAACCUUUCGUAGAAAUCCAUCAAAAAGCAUAACAGUAAAGUUGAUGGAGAAGGCCAAGAGGUUUAGCUACCAUCUUCUCAAAAGGGAAUAA